AUGGUGCGUCGCAGUGCUCGCCACUUGCCGACCAAUGGGGCCUUUAAGCGCAGUCGCCUCUGUUCUCCUUCACCCCAAUCUACAGCUUCCUCUUCCUCAUCCUCCAAAGCCAGCACCGACGAAGAAGACGACGGGGAGGGCGAGAAAGAUAUCCACCGCUACAAAGGGAAAAUGGCCAAAAAGUCAAGAAAGGGAAAGUCGAGGGGCGCGCUAAUCCUUAAGCUUCCCGUCGAGAUAAUAGACGAUCUCGUUGCUCGAAUGGAUAAAAGCGAGCAGAUAGCGUUUUCUUCGGCUUGUUGGGCUGUCAGGAGAGUCGCAUUACGCCAUAUAUUCCGUUCGAUUUGCUUGCGUAGCCCACUGAUGGCGACGAAGUUUUGCAAGGCGGUGGAGAGGGACCGAGAUUGGGUACCGUUGAUACGUUCGCUCACGCUAUCCAUCAUCCCCGACACCAUGUCGCCAUCAAAGAAGGAACAAACGGCACUCAGGCAGCUUGGACCCAAGCUUGUUAGAGCUGUCUCCCACCUCUCGAACCUGCGCAACCUCGAUAUCCGCGAUUCCAUAUUAUGUCAGAUGACGGAUAUCCUAGCGCAAGCUACUCUACCUCUUUUACGGGCGUUUUCAUACACCUCGUUGGAGGCGAUAACGGACGUUGAUGCCUUGGCCCAUCAUUUCGUUGGAAGGCACCAAGAUCUCGAGGAGCUAGCACUCAAAAUCUCCGCCCACAAUAGGAUGUUCUUGUCAGCACCCUCGAGCACAACGGAUAUCGCAACCCCGAGCGAGUCGCCCGACAAAAUCCGUCAUCUCUCAAAAUUACGAUCUUUUGUGGGACCAUGUUCCUUCAUCGCUGACCACAUCGAUGGCUUAAUGCCCUUAACGACCGCAAGCUUAGAAUGGACGGCUCCAUCCUACCCUGACAUCCCCUUCGCAGUCGGCCGCCCAAUUCGCUCGCUCGGGCAAGCGUCCGCUCAAGGGCUGACUUGCCUCGAGUGUAAUGUUUUCCGGUGGAUCCCAAGACUUCUCGAUUUCGUCGUGGAACAUCUACCACUACUAGAAAGUCUUACAAUUUUGGAAGGUAUGCCGACGUUGGAUCCGGAUAUCAAGCCUGAGAUGUGUGCGAUGCUGCCCAAAUUCAAGGCCUUAACUUCGUUUCGACUCGACCCUCAAUUCAUGGCGGGCGAGCAAUUUAUGGAAGAAUACCAGAAAUUCUACGAGGAAGCUGUGGUGGAGCUACAAGCGACCUGUCCGCGCCUGUCUUGUAGUCUUUAUGCUGUUUCUGCAAAGGACUCUUUCAUGCAACGAAUUUAUGAAUUCGCACCGGCCGCGGAUCUGAGCGCUCUGGCUGAACAUUUCCUGGGUGACAAUAUGAUCCCGACGAUACUCUAG